AUGAAGCAAUAUUUGAACUAUUACAAGAUGAGGCUGAGAACAUCGAGGUUAGGUUAUCUGUUACUCCAGUUCACGGCGCUUUGCUUUUACGCACAGAGCUCCGUGCAGUCCCCCCCUAAUUUCAAGCACCAUGUCACCGAGCAGAGCCGCCUGUCGGACCGCAUGAGCCGCCGGCUGACCCGCACCUACCAGCUGUACAGCCGCACCAGCGGGAAGCACGUCCAGGUCCUGGCCAACAAGAGGGUCAACGCCAACGGGGACGACGGAGCGAUGCACGCUAAACUGGAGGUGGAGACGGACUCUUUUGGAAGUCGUGUUCGUAUUAGAGGGGUGAAGACAGGAUACUAUAUAUGCAUGAACAAGCGGGGGAAGCUGAUUGGCAAGCGGAAAGGCCGAGGCAAAGACUGCAUCUUCACCGAGAUUGUUCUGGAAAACAACUACACAGCCCUCCAGAACGCCAAGUACGAGGGCUGGUUUAUGGCUUUCACACGCAAGGGCCGCCCAAGGAAGGCCUCCAAGACCAAGCAGCAUCAGAGGGAGGCCCACUUCAUGAAGCGUCUACCCAGGGGGCAUUUGCUGAGUGAGAGGAGGCCGUUUGAUGUCCUUCCUCUCCCUGUCCCCGUGCACCCUUUGAGCAGGCGGACUAAACAUUCCCAUCACCAGCGCUCAGGGGACCGCUGA